GUUUCACAUCGGCGGUGAGAAUAAGUAACGCAAAGCAAGGAGGAUAAUCAGCUUCUUGUAAAAGUCGAGCUUGCUUUCUGCGUUAAUUAUAAAGCAUAAAAGUAAACAAGUGUCGGUCCCAGUCCUUUGCGUAAUCGUCGGUCGCUAAAAUGUCACUUGUACGGAGGGUGGUUUUAAAUUCGCGACCUGGGAAAAAUGGAGAAGCCGUUCCUGAGAAUUUCCGUGUUGAGGAAAUUACUCUCCCGACUGAUAUAAAACCGGGAGAAGUGUUUGUUCGUACACUUUAUCUUUCUGUCGACCCUUACAUGCGGUGUCGUAUGAAUGAAGACACAGGUGCAGAUUAUCUUUCGCCGUGGGUGGUCUCAGGAUGUCUGGAUGGUGGUGGUGUAGGGGUGGUGGAAUCCAGCAGACAUGAUGCCGUCUUGAAGGGCGACACCGUGACGUCUUUCAAUUGGCCCUGGCAAACCUAUGGCAUUGUGGACGGCAACAAGCUUCAGAAGCUGGAUCCAGAGCUGGUGGAUGGUCACCUGUCAUACUUCCUGGGUGCGGUGGGCAUGCCUGGUCUCACAGCGCUACUGGGGGUGAGGGAGAAGGGUCACAUUACACCCGGGUCCAAUCAGACGAUGGUCAUCAGUGGAGCUGCGGGGGCCUGUGGAAGCCUUGCUGGGCAGAUUGCUCGUCUGGAUGGCUGCAGCAAAGUGGUGGGGAUCUGUGGAUCGGACAAGAAAUGCCAGACCCUCACGUCAGAGCUUGGGUUCUCCAGCGCAGUGAACUACCGCUCUGCAGACAUAUCAGCUGCACUGAAGGAACACUGUCCCGAUGGGGUGGAUGUGUACUUCGACAAUGUUGGUGGUUCCAUCAGUGAUGCUGUUAUAGCACAGAUGAACCAGAAUGGUCAUGUGAUCCUGUGUGGCCAAAUCUCGCAGUACAACAAAGAUGUCCCAUAUCCCCCCCCACUUGAUGCAGCAACGCAGGAAAUACUCUGCCGCAAAAAUAUUACCAGAGAAAGGUUCACAGUUAUUAACUACAUGGACAAAUUCGAGGCUGGUCUUCUGCAGCUGUGUCAGUGGGUGAAGGCAGGGCAGAUGAAAGUUUUGGAAACGGUUGUUCUUGGGAUAGAGAAUAUGGGAGUGGCAUUCCAUUCAGUGAUGAGUGGUGGAAAUAUUGGGAAGCAGAUUGUCAAGAUAUCAGAUUGAAUGGACAUUUUUGUCCAGUACACGGUACACGUGAAAAUGGUCAACAGGGAAGAAGUUGAUAUUGCUUUUGUGAGAAAUACUCUCUGCAUCAUGAAUUUGUAGACGUGUAUAACACAAUGCUAAACUUUAUCAUUCAAUAUCCUUAAUGUAAAAUUAGUAGAAAUGUUAUUUAACACUAAUGUUUGAGUAACUCUCAUUAUGGAGCAACAAGAAGCAAUUCUCAGUUAAAAAAAAAAGAUUCACAGCACUAAAAAUUCCAUUUUAAUAUAUAUUUCCCAAAUUUCACAUAUAAUAGGACAAUGUCAUACAGUUUAAAAAUAUCAAACUUGAUUCCAAUGGCAUAAUGUAAACAAAAUUCCUAUUGACCACAUUUAAAAUCUGUAGAAAUGAUACAAAUCCAUUGCUUGUGUUUUGGUUGUGGAUUAAUCACUAUGAGGCUUAACUGCAGCCAAACAUAAGGGGACAAACACGAGUGAAGCACUGACCUUUGAGCUUCUGCAGUCAUCCAAAGGCACACAUUUGUGUACAAGUCACUUUAUAGCCCCUCCCCCAUAGUCAUUUACAGUUGUGUGUCCUUUGUGUUUUUACUCUGUUAGUAAUAGUAACUAGCUAGUGCUUAUAAACAUCCUUCUUUAAACAAUAUAUAAUGUGGACAACAAAAACCAAUGGAAGCAUCCAUCAGCACUGACCAUAAUGAUCAGAAGUACACUUUGUUUCAAGAUUGCACUUAUAGCAUAACAUUUUGCUGAAAACAUGACUAAUUGUAACUAAUGUAUAUUUUUGUCAACAAUUGUCAAUUCAGAGUAUAUAGGGGGACUGUAAAAUAAGUUAAAAUAUAUGCUCAAAUCAUGGCA